AUGGCUUCACGGCGCAGCAGAUCUUCAAUCAGGUACCGCCACGUGGCACUCCGCUACGAAGCGCCCCUGCGCGCCUCUGCCCCUCUCCGCCGUCCGAUUCGUUCCGCUGCGAAGCGCGUCCCCUUCUCUUCCCGACCACCCUCUUCAAUUGUGCUUUGCCACGUGGCAUUGCAGGGCGUGGCGUACACGUACGACGAUUGCAUCUUCCAUCCACGCCACAUCAGCUUCGCCGCGUCUGACGUGGACCUGACCGGGCGCGUGACACGUGGCAUCUCCCUGCGUAUGCCACUUGUCAGCUCGCCGAUGGACACGGUGACGGAGGCGGAAAUGGCGGCGGCGAUGGCGGCGGUGGGGGGGAUGGGGUUUAUCCAUUACAACAACAGCGUCCAGGAGCAAGCGGAUUUGAUUCGGCAGGCGAAGCAGUGGCGCGUGGGAGUGGUCAACGCGCCGCCCACUCUGCCGCCCACAAGCACUGUGCAGGCAGCAGCGGUGUUCAAGGUGGCGAGCCUGGCACACGCCAUGGGGGAGAUUCCUGUGAUAGCGGACGGCGGGGUGAGCAACACAACACCCCCCACGCCCCACUGCCUUGCUCACGCUCUCUUCCCUCCCCCCACGGUCCCACCCACCGUCCCAUCACAACAGGCAGCAGCGGUGUUCAAGGUAGCGAGCCUGGCACACGCAAUGGGGGAGAUCUCGGUGAUAGCGGGCGGGGACGCAACAGCGGUGUUCAAGGUAGCAAGUCUCGCACAUGCAAUGGGGGAGAUCCCAGUGAUAGCGGACGGCGGGGUGAGCAACACGGGCCAUUUCAUCAAGGCGCUCGCUCUCGGCGCCUCCUCUGUCAUGGUCGGAAGCUUCCUCGCAGGCACCGAUGAGGCGCCCGGGCAAACUUACAUUCGGGGCGGGGACGGGGUGCGGGUGAAGAAGUACAGGGGGAUGGGGUCGCUAGCAGCGCAGAAGAGGGGCAGUGACAGCCGGUACCUGGGGGAGGCGGCGCAGCUCAAGGUGGCUCAGGGCGUGGAGGGCGAGGUCAAGGCCAAGGGGUCGCUGCUGCGCCUCCUGCCCUUCACCGCGCACGCUGCCCGGCAGGGCCUGCAGGACCUGGGGGUCAAGUCGGUGGGGGAACUGCAUGAGGCUCUGCGCGCCGGGGAGAUCAGACUGGAGGGCCUGCAGCACCUGGGCGUGCAGUCGGUGGGGGAACUGCAUGAGGCGGUGCGGGCGGGGGAGAUCAGACUGGAGGUGAGAAGGGGGCAGCAGAUGGGCAGGGGGAUGGGUGUAGGGGGUGGGAAGGGAAGCAAGGGUGGCGGGGCCUGCAGCACCUGGGGGUGCAGUCAGUGGGGGAACUGCAUGAGGCGCUGCGGGUGGGGGAGAGGGGGGGGCGGAGCCAAGGAUCGGGGUGGGAGCGGGGGAGGUUUGGCAGAGGGGUGGGUUGGGUUAUCUGUCAAACUUGAGGUGCGCACAGGUGCAGCGCAGGCAGAGGGUGGGGUGCAUGGCCUUGUGGCCUAUGAGAAGCGGCUCUUCUGA